GACGUGUAAUAGGGAGCCUUUAAAGGCGACCCAACUCCAUAUUCGGGCUACGGGACUGAAAACACUUUAACAUUGGAUAACUGAUGACAGUGCUAAUUGCUACUUCGAAUUGAACCAAUAUAUUCAAGUUUCGGACAAGGUUUCGUCUAUCAGUUGAAGAAGCACAAUGCUGAUCCGAAUCUUAUUGGCGUUCGCAUUCCUUGGCAGUUUUGCAGUUCUAGGCCACGGCCGUCAAUGCCCUGUCAGUUUUGACAAGGUUGGCUGUUACGAUGACAGCCGUACCAGGCCUCUUCCCGCAGAGCUCGUGAACGACCGUGAUCCGAAUUCUACGGUCUGGAGCGGGCAAUGGUUUGAUUGGCAUGACUUUCAGGGCUCGGUGGAAAGUCUGUUGUGUCGUUGCUCCGAGAAAGCUCGCCAGGGUGGCCACAAAUACGUUGGGAUUCAGUUCUUUGCUGAAUGCUGGUCGGGCGCCAAUAAAGACGCGUCUCUUUUGGGUGCACCAUCGCAUCAGUGCUCUCAGGGAAACAGCGACAAUUCUGAGAUAGGAGUACCAUGUCAGGACAGCAGUAGUCUUCUUUGCGCAGGCGCAGCCGAUACAAACUAUGUUUACCGAGUUAGAUAUUGUCAGGAACAGCUUGACAUCGCUAUCCUUCUUGACGUGUCCAUGAGCAUGGAAUGGGGUCUCUCUCAGGCGCAGAACUUCACAAGCCUGGUUAUUGGAAGUCUGAAAGACAUCAUAUCUGAGGGCGGAACCCAUGUGGGUCUCAUCACGUUUGCGAAUGAGGCGGAGAUUGUGAUUGGUCUAGACGAUAUACGCAGCCGCGAUUGGACGGCAGUUAUCCACAAGGUCAUGAAUUCCACACAGCUAAGUGGCAACACUUAUGCGAAUAAGGCAUUGAAACUCGCGGAGACGACCUUCUUUACUGAAGCGAAGGGGAUGAGGCCGGGCUCAGCCAAGGUUGUCAUUACGCUGAGCGACGGACGCGUCAGACAAGACGCGGAGCCCUACUACCUGUUUAUGGACCCGCUCCAGAAUGAACACGGCGUGGCGUUCAUGGGUGUUGCCGUCGGAGACUUUGUGUCCAAAGAGGUGGACGCAUUCUCUCGCUACGUUCCGAGAUUUGAUGCUAAAGUACCGAACAUGGACAAGUACUUGGUGAUGGCUCUCGAAAAGUUCGCGAAUGAGCACUGCACUAAAUAAGCUACCAUAGGGCUAGUCUCCUCUUCAACUUCUUUGUGAACUCUGUCACGCAACAAGAACAUUGUGUUACAAUGACUCUGUCACGCAAAAAACGCAUUGUGUUACAAUGUCUCCGUCACGCAAAGGAUAUUGUGUUUCAAUGUCUCCACCACGCAAAAGCACAUUAUUUUACAAUGUCUCCAUACGCAAAAAAAUACAUUAUGUUACAAUGUUUCCUUCACACAAAUGUCACAUUGUGUUACAAUGACUUAGUCGCGCAACAUGCCCACUGUGUUGCAAUGUCUCCAUCACCGAAAAAGCGUAAAUACAACAUGUAUCCAUCACGCAAUUCAGACACAUUAUGUUACAAUAUUUCUGUCACGCGACAGGCACAUUGUGUUCGAUGGCUCCGUCACACAGAAAGCGCUUUUACUUGACGUCCCCCUCCCCCCAUCACGUGACGGAGGCGUAGCAACCUUACAAGUUCGUUGCGUGAAAGUGUUAACAAGGAUUGCGAAGGAGGUUACCGGAACGUAUUUAUCUGGAUUAAAAAAUAUCCUGUACUACGAAAAAAAUAGAAUAGAAUGAAAUAGAAUUAAAGGCAUAUAAAACUCUCAAAA